CUGACAACCCUUCUUCAUUACAUUACUUUGCCCUUGAUUUCCACGGACAGCCUCUCUCUCCUUCCUUCAAACCCAACUCAGACGAACAAGAAGAAUAGUGGAUUCGGGAAGAACAGUUGUAUCCAAGAAAAGGAAAAAAAAAAAAAAAAGGAAUUAAUUAACGCCUCAAAUCAAUGGAUCCUCAUGUUCUAAUCUUCCCGCUGCCGCUACAAGGACCCAUCAAGUGCAUGCUGAAGCUGGCCGAGCUUCUCUGCCUCGCCGACCUCCAAGUCACCUUCCUCAACACUGACGACAGCCACCGCCGCCUCUUCCGCCGGACCGGAGGCCGGGCCGGCUUCAAGGGCUACCGGAAGCUCCACUUCGACACGAUCUCCGACGGCCUACCCGACGACCAUCCCCGGUCCGCCGACCGGCUGACGGACUUGGUUCACGGGUUGGAGUCGGUGACGAAACCCCGUUUCAGGGAGAUGUUGGCUUACGGCAGGCUUAGUUCUGGCUCCGAAAGGCCGGUGACUUGUAUAAUAGCAGAUGGGGCUUUGAAUUUCGCUCUUGAUGUUGCCGAGGAGUUUAAGAUUCCUUUGAUUCACUUUGAUACGAUCAGUCCUUGUGGUCUAUGGACUUACCUCUGUCUUCCCAAACUCAUCGACGCCGGCGAGCUUCCUUUCCAAGGAGAUGACUUGGACGCAGCAAUCAAGAACGUCCCAGGAAUGGAGGGCUUUCUCCGGCGCCGGGACCUCCCCAGCUUCUGCCGCGGCUCCGACCUAAACGACCCCAUUAUCCAAUUGGUCUUAGAAGAAGCCCAGAAAGUCCCACGGAGCCACGGCCUUAUCCUCAACACAUUCCAAGAGCUCGACAGUCCCAUCCUCUCCCACAUGCAAGCCCUCUGUCCAAACCUCUACCCCAUUGGCCCACUCCACACCCACCUUAAAACCAAGCUCACCCCCGCGUCGCCGCAGCCCGCCGCCGCCUCAACCACCAGUCUCUGGGAGGAAGACCGGAGCUGCAUGGCGUGGCUGGACGCCCAGCCCCCCAAAUCCGUUGUCUACGUCAGCAUCGGGAGCCUCGCUUUGAUGACGUGGCACCAGCUAAUAGAGUUCUGGCACGGCUUGGUGAACAGCGGCCAGAGAUUCUUGUGGGUCAGGCGUCCCAACUCUGUAGUCCGUGGGCCGACAGGCCUAGUUCCAGAGGAGCUGGUGCGGGCCACGGAGGAGAGAGGGUGCUUAGUGGGCUGGGCUCCGCAAGAGGAGGUCCUGGCCCACCAGGCUGUUGGGCUUUUCUUGACCCACAGUGGGUGGAAUUCGACUUUGGAAAGCUUGGUUGAGGCCGUGCCAAUGGUUUGCUGGCCUUAUUUUGUGGACCAACAAGUGAAUAGUAGGCUUGUGAGCGAGGUUUGGAGGGUUGGGAUGGACAUGAAGGACACUUGUGAUAGGGUUGUGAUUGAAAGGAUGAUCAGGGAUCUUGUGGGCACGAUCGACGGUAGCGAUGAGGUUGUGGAGUCGUUGGAGAGUGUGUCAAGAUUGGCUAGAGAGAGCGUGAUGGAAGGGGGAUCGUCAUUUUGUAAUUUGAACCGUCUGAUUGAAGAUAUCAGGUUGAUGAAGAUGUGAGUGUACUUACCCACAUGUUACAUUUGUCCUCACAUUAUCAAGGAAUGAUUGUUGGCCAUUGCUAAACAUUUUCAUUUUGCAUUAAUUUUAAUUAAAUAUUAAAGUUCUUUUUUCA